AGCCCCGGCGUUUAUAUAUGGGGCGUGUUCCCCAGCCGCCAAGUUCCCGCAGCAGGGAGAGAGAAAGCAAGCGAGCAUAGGGUGGUGGGGUUUGUGCUUCCCCAUCUCUUGCUGCGGAAAAAAAAAGAAAGGAAAAAACCCCUUUUGAAAUUAAAAAAAUAAAAGACUUGAUUUCCCACCUCCAGCCACCAGCCCCCUUACCUUAUCCAGUCGUGGCUCGUCCAAAGCUGCCGAGGAGAGUGGGAUCUUUCGGUCCUUGCUGCAUUUCCGACCAUUACAGGAUCUAGACAUGUCUGCGACGCUGUUAUCUGCCUUCUACGACAUCGACUUGUUUUGCAAGACCGAGAAGUCCCUGAGCACCAUGCUGGACAAGAAGGCGGUGGGCAGCCCCGUGGGGAACUCGCCCGGCUCCGGCUUCGCGCCGAGCUUCCUGAGGCGGCACUCGGCGAGCAACCUCCAGGCCUUGGCCAACGGAGGAGGCCCCAAGUUCCCCCCCAGCGGGUCCUCCUCGUCGUCGUCGUCCUCUUCCUCCUCCUCGCCGUCUUCCUUCGGGAGCCUCAAGGAGACUGGCGGCGGCGGAGGAGGAGGGAAUAUCAGCCCCACUCAUCACCACCACCAGCCUGCUUCUGCUGCUGCUUCUGCCGCCGCCGCCACCACCGCCUUGCUCAACAAGGAGAACAAGUUCCGAGACCGGUCCUUCAGCGAGAAUGGCGAGCGGAGCCAACACCUCAUGCAGCAGCUGCAACAAGCGGCCUCCACCAAGGGAGGCAACGGGAAUAACAACAAUAAUGGGAGUAAUGGCGGCGGCGUCGGAGGGGGAGGAGGAGGCGGCGGAGGCGCGCCCAUCAACUCGACGCGCUACAAGACGGAGCUGUGCCGCCCCUUCGAGGAGAGCGGGGCCUGCAAGUACGGCGAGAAGUGCCAGUUCGCCCACGGCUUCCACGAGCUGCGCAGCCUCACGCGGCACCCCAAGUACAAGACGGAGCUCUGCCGCACUUUCCACACCAUCGGCUUCUGCCCUUACGGCCCGCGCUGCCACUUCAUCCACAACGCAGACGAGCGCCGCCCCGCGCCGCCUAGCGGGAGCGCGCCUCCUCAGCAGCAACAACAGGCCCAGCCGCCGCCUCUUCACAGUAAUGGCCUCCCGCAGGCCCAACCGCCGCCGCCUCUUCCUCAUCGCCACCACGCCGGCAGCACAGGCGACCUCCGCGCAUUCGGCCCGCCAUCCACAUCCUCCUCCAUCCGGGACCUUCCUCUCUCAGGGUUCGGGGUGCUGCACUCCCGGGAGAGGCCCAAACUGCACCACAGCCUCAGCUUCUCCGGCUUCUCUGCUCAUCACCAUGGCAACCACGUCAUCACAGCGGGAGGCCUAGAAGUGGCUGCUGCUGCAGCCGCCGCGGCCUUGCUUUUGGAGGGAGGCCCAGGAGGAGGGUCGCGCACGCCGCCACCGCCACCCUCCUCCUACCAAUGCGAUUCCCCACCGUCGUGUGCCAACAACGCCUUUGCCUUCUCCGCGGGGCAAGAGCUGGGCAGCCUCAUCGCGCCUCUGGCCUUGCCUCCUCCUCAACAGGGCUGCUUCGCCGCUUUCUAUCGCUGCCACCAACAACAAGGAGGAGGAGGAGGAGGAGCGGGUACCUGUUGUCCUGCUCCCCCCCCACCCCCUCCUGCUCCACCUGCCUCGCCGCCCUUCAGCUUCCAGCCCCUGCGCCGCCUCUCUGAGUCGCCCGUCUUCGAUACCGCCCCGCCGCCACCGCCCAGCCCGCCUGAGGACUCCCUCUCCGACCGCGAGAGCUACCUGAGCGGCUCACUCAGCUCUGGCUCCCUGAGUGGCUCCGAGUCGCCAGGCCCCGACUCCGGGAGGCGACUCCCCAUCUUCAGCCGCCUCUCUGUCUCUGACGACUGAGCUCAUUUCCCCUCAGAGCAGGCCUAGAAUAACUUGGGCCGUCCAGGUGUUUUGGACUUCAACUUUUAAGGCAGGCUUGGGCCCUCCGGAUGUUUUGGACACUUAAGCGGCUGAGGGGGGAAAGGAAAGGGCCCGAGGCAGUUAGGAAUGCUGGGAGUUGAAGUCCAAAACAUCUGGAGGGCCCAAAUUGGUCCAGACCUGCCUUAGAGUGACUCCUUUUCUCCCUUUUUUUCCUCAGUUGGGGGGCAGGCUUCCCAUCUCUCCCCUUUUUCUUUCCUUGACAGACUCCUCAGUUGAGGGGCCAUCUUGACCAUUCUUUGUCCUCUUUUCUUGGCCUGGCCCUGUAGUUGGGGGAGUCAGCCUCUCUCUCCCAUUCUCUUCCUUUUGGGUGAAAAUUUUCCUCAGUUGGGGGAUAGCCUCCCCCCCUCUCCCUCCCUCCCUCCCCUUUCCUUGGGAUGAUUCUUCAUUGGAAGCAUCCUCCAUUCUUCUCCCCUUCAUCUUUCUUUGGGGCGACAACGAGGCUCUCCUCCCUCCCCACCACCUCCAUUUCUCCUCCUCCUCCCCCAAAGCAGAGAGUGCUACCACCUCCAGAAAACUCAACUAGCCAAACUCGCACAGACCCCUUUUGAUUUUUCUUCUUGGUUUUUAAUACCUUAUUUUCCCCCAAUGUAUUCCUUUGAUUGCUGAGGAAAUUCAGAGAGAAGAAAGCAAAAGAAAUACGUUUUUUCCCCUUAAGAAAUGAACAAAAUUUCAUAAAGGCAAGAGAAUAUAGUCAUCAAGAGAACAAUUUCUUUUUAAUACUUUUAUUUUUCCCAAUGUAUGCCUUUGAAAAUCCUUUGAUUGCUGAGCAAAUUCAGAGAGAAAGCGAAAAAUGGUUUUUUUUCUAAGAUGAACAAAAUUUCAUAAAGGCAAGAAAAUAUGGUCAUCAAGAGAACAAUCUCUUUUGUUUUUCAAACUACAAAGACUAUUGGGAAAGGAGGAUUUCCUUUCUUUUUUUUCUCCCCGUUCCUUUUUUUUUAGACUAGUUUAACUGUGCACCAUCACCAGCAGCCAUUCCAUCUUUCAAAUGUGUGUGUUUAUGUGGGGAGGGGAGGAGACGAAGGGUAAAAUGAGCAUCAGCAAACAAAUCUACCCAAUCCUACUCCCCCCAGGAAUCAACAAUCAAUCUGGAGGCCCAUGAACUCUGCAUUCCAGGCCCCUCCAGGUCUAUAGAAAACAAAACCAGAAUGAGUCAGGAGUGUGGGGGUAUUUUUUUUGCCUUUCAAUCAAAUUUAAAGUAAAUGUACUUAAAUGUAUAAGCUUUUAAAAGAAAAAUCCAACAUCCUGCCAAGAAUAUGCCUUGAUAACACUCUAGUUUUUUUAUAUAUAUCUAUAUAUAUAUAUAUUAUAACAUGCUAAAACUUCCAUUCCAAAGUUUAAUAUUGGUUCCAUUGCCACCACUUAGUGGAUGUUUGGCUUAGAACAAUUUUUGUUGCUUUAUUUGGAAGCAUUCAACUGAAUUUAGUUUGUAAUUGUUGGCGAAUAACUGCUGAUUUUUUAAUUUUUUUUAGCUGAGUUGAUUGCGCAAGUCACUGCACAACUCAAUAUGAAACUAUUUAACUUAUUUAUUAUCUUGUGAAAAGUAUACAUUGGUAAUUUGUUCAUACUGUAUUUAUCGGGUAUGAUGAAAAGCAAUAGAUAUAUAUUCUUUUAUUAUGUUUAAAUUAUGAUUGCCAUUAUUAAUCGGCAAAAUGUGGAGUGUGUUCUUUUCACAGUAAUAUAUGCCUUUUUGUAACUUCACUUGGUUAUUUUAUUGUAAAUGAGUAAAAUUCUUAAUUUAAGAGAUUGUAUGUAAUAUUUAUUUCAUGGAUUUCUUUCCUUGUUUACGUAAAUUGAAAGAUUGCAUUUGCUUUUUUAUAGAAAUCUGACUCAAUGCUGUGGAAGUAGUUUGAGAAAUUUCAAUGGGUUUUUUUAGAAUGUACAAUGGUUGUAACCCGUCCAAGCUGAAACCUACUUUGCAAUCAGAAUUUAAAGUGGCAGACCUAAUUCAGACUUUUAAAAAAAUAACCAAAAAAGUAUUCGUGUUGCCUAACUUUCACCAAUCACACUGUGAUAGUCUCAAAAGUAUGUAGCAAUAAAAAGGGGUGGGGUCCCAGUAUUAUAUCUCAUAGUGCCUUCAUAAGGGUCCAUGCUUGCCUUAAAACUUCCUCAACCAAAUAAGUAUUUUUCUUAAUGCUUGAGAAUUUGAAUGUAGGGCUGGGUUUUUAGCUACAAGAAAUUGUACCACUCAUCUUUUUAUAAAAGGAGGCCACCUUUUAGAUUUGAUCCUUUUUUUUUUGCAUACAUGAUCAUUUCUUUACGAAGAGUUCCAAAACAUGAAACUUUCCUUGUUUAGAAAGUCAAGUUACCCAAAAUUCCUUGAAAGGUGGAUGAAUGAGCAGUACUUUUAAAAAAAAUGUACAUAGAUACACGUUCAGCACUAUGUACUCUUUGGACUACUUUAACAGAAGUAUGUUUUGAAUGUAUCUAGAAGAUAAGUCAACUUGAGUUGUAAUAUAUUUUGGAGAGUCAGUUCACUACAUAUUUGGAGUGUGAGACUGUAAACUUUGUACUGUAAAUGUUUUGUAGUUCUCCCAAUAAAACUUUUGAGGAAAAAAUCCCAAGCUAUUAAA